CUUGGAUGUAUGUCUACCACACUGGCGGCGAGGAAGAUUUUUGCGUUCUGUUCUAUGUUGCAAGACAAAGUUGUUGGUUUGGUUCUCCGCUGGUCUUGAUGUAAAGGCAGGAGUGGCUACUCGUGGUCAGAAGUGGAAGAUCAGACUUAAGUAAACAGAAACAUCAAAGGAGGAGACGAAACAGAAAAUUAAUUUAUAUUUUUGAUCUCACAGACCUUCAAAUAAUGAAUGGUCCUCAGCUGUCUCAGAGCUGUGAACUAUCUCUGCCCUGCUGUGCAGACAGGGGGUCACUGCCGAACGCCAAGGCCCCCCAAGUCAGCGGGGUUAGGGUUCAGCUGGAAAUGCAUGUACUUUGGCAGCAGUUUGACCAGCUGGGCACAGAGAUGAUUGUUACCAAAGCCGGAAGGAGGAUGUUUCCAACAUUCCAGGUGCAAAUCUCCGGGAUGGAUCCUGCUGCUGAAUAUGUCCUGCUCAUGGACUUUAUCCCUGUUGAUGAUAAAAGAUACAGAUAUGCGUUCCACAGUUCAUCCUGGUUGGUGGCAGGACGAGCAGAUGUUGUGGCCCCAAGCAGGAUGCAUUUCCACCCAGACUCACCUGCCUGUGGAGCCCAGUGGAUGAAGCAGACGGUAUCCUUCGACACUCUCAAGCUCACCAACAACCUGCUGGAUGACAACGGACAUAUGAUACUGAACUCCAUGCAUCGCUACCAGCCACGCUUCCAUGUGGUGUAUGUGGAUCCAUCUCCUAACAGUCAAGUAAAUGCAUACAGGAACUUCUGCUCUUUUUCCUUCCUCGAGACUCGCUUUAUGGCUGUCACUGCUUACCAAAACCACCGGAUCACCCAGCUAAAAAUUGCGAGCAACCCGUUUGCUAAAGGCUUCAGGACUACAGACCCCCACGACCAGGUGGGUAAUUCUGGUCACCUAGCAGUGUGGUGUCCACCAGAGGGCAGAACCGAGCCCCUUGUCACAAAACUUGGAGAGCAGAGAAGCUGGGGGUCAAAGACUUCAACUAGACAGGAGGACCCAGCCCCGUUGUUGGCAGAGCAACAGUGUGGACUUUUCCACCACUGUAAAGACUCAGUGGGACUUACCAUGGAGAGGAAAGAUGGACACACUAUAUUAGCACCUGCUGCCUUCCUCCCUAUCCCUUCCUACUGGGACUGCCCAGGAUCAUCUCAAGAGAGAAGCUGUUUGUCAUAGAGAAACUGACUUUGAAUUCACUGUGUGUUUUAUAAUACAUGUAUAUAGUUUGUGGUCUCCCUCACCAAAUAAAUGUAUAGUAAUGGUAUGCAUGUGCUCCAUCAAAACAGUAAUGUCUAUGGCAAUAUGAUAGAUGACGCUGAUAUAUAUGUUAUAUAUAAUAUUAUAGCAUACAAUAGGAGCACUACAGAGUCACAGUAAAGUCCUAUAGAUUAUAUACAUACAUAGGCUUCUAGGACCCCGACAUACUCACAGCUGAGAACAACAAGCACACAUAAUAAUUUAUGAAAAUGAUAUGGUAAUUUGUAC